AUGAUUUCACAAUUGCAAGAAAAACUUUGCAUAGGGAAUAGCAUAUUAACACCAUAUUGGCUACCAUCACGUGAUCCUAUAGGUCAACGAUGUCACAUUCUUCUUAGAAAUCAUUAUCGAAAGUUGGAUCGAUUAAUGCAUGAAUCCAAUAGUUUGCUACUGUUAUGUAUGAUUGAACGUUCACCGCCACUUGGCGAACAACAGAAACAAUACUGCGAUCAUUCAUUAUUUCAACGGAUUAAUGAAUUGAAAGAGAAGGAUGGUAGUCCAAAUUUGGAUCAAUGCUUCCAAGGUAGCAAACGAUUCGAACGACAAUGUGGUCCAUUACGCCAAUGUUGUGGUGCUUAUGAUAGUUGUAAAGAUGUCGUGAAACGAUCUUUUAUAACGAAACAGAUGCAGCUAUUAAAUCGUGAAAUUCAAAAUUCUGCGAGAAAAUGCAGGGAAGGUACUUAUCAAGCGAAUGCACCAAUUAACAAAACAAUUAAUUCCAACAGUUCUUCAACCUUAAUUAUUUUUACAAAUCAAACGGAUAACAAUAAUGUUAUGGAAGAUUUUUUGCAAAAUUCACCUCAUCAAUGGUAUUUGGCAUUGAAAGCUAAGCUUAUCAAGGAAACGCAGAAAUCAAUAUUUCAAAGUUAUACCACUACAUCGUAUAUUAGCUUUAAAACUGAUGAAAAUGAUAGCAAUUAUCAAGUGUUACAAAAAAUGACAAAUGAUAAAAAAGAACAAUCGAAAGAUGACGAAUACACAUUUCCAAAUGAAAUCGAGAAAUGGGAUAACGCGGAAUACAAGAAAGAUAUUGAAGAAUAUCAAACUCGAAAAAAGGCACAUGGAAAGCACUUGAAAUAUACCGAGGUUGAAAAAAGUAUGGAUCGUUGUCAAAUGCUUCGGAAUAGUAUUGAUCGUGUACCACUGUUAUCAACAAUUACAUUACUUCGAAUAGGUGAUCGUUGCAUUGGUCAAGGUGAUAAUAGCUUUACUGAGCUUUAUGAAUUAAUUAUUGAACGUAACGAUGGGCUUCAUAAAUGCUUGGACAGAUAUCAUAAUCAGAAUGAUGAAUCGGUGGAUUGUUCAAUGAUAGCAAUAAAUCGUACUCAUUGGCAUUGGACAUUAAUAGAUUCUGAUGAUCUACAAAAAACUACGAGUAGUGCUGAUUGCUUAGCUCGAGUUAAUUUGAUACAAUUUAAAUGUGCACAAUUGCGAAAAUGUUGUUCGAAUUUUAACAGAUGUCGAAAUGAAACUUUUGAUGCGAAAGCAGAACUACGAAUAGCUUUACUAACAGUACAAUUAAUCACACAACAUCAUCAUUGUUUACGACGUCAGCUUAUGGCAAUGACUCGAUUAUGA